GGGGAAGGCCCCCACCCUCCUCCGUCCUCUGAAGGAGCCUGGUCCUCACUCCUGGUGCUGAGACUCCCCCAGGGGCCCCCCAAGGCCUCCCGUCUGGCCUUGAGGGCUCUGCCUGUCUUUUCACCCGGGAGGAGGGCAAGGCCAUGGGGCUACGCCUGCUGCUGCCCCUGCUGCUGCUGCUGGCGUCUCUGUGGGCUGGUCACUGGGCACAAAGAAAUCUACAGCCUUCCCAUGAGAUGAAGCAACCAACGGAUCUCUCAGCCCCCGAGGGUGGCUCCAUCCUCAUCCCCUUCUCCUUCUCUCACCUCUGGGAAUUAGCCAAGAUUCCCAACAUGAAAAUAUCCUGGAGAUGGAAACACUUCCAUGGGGAAUUCAUCUACAACACGACCCCUAAGUUCAUCCAUAAUAAUUUUAAGAACCGGCUCUCCCUGACCUGGACAGAGCCUGAGAAGAACGGCUCCCUCCGGAUCUCAAACCUGCGGAGGGAGGACCAGUCUGUGUACUUCUGCCGGGUGCAGUUGGUCACACUGAGACACGGCAAGCAGAUGUGGCAGUCCAUCGAGGGGACCAAACUCACCAUCACCCCCCGCAGCAAGACACCCACCCAGAACCCCACCACCAGGGCUGCCACCACUGCUGCUCGCCUUGGGGACUCACAGGGCGGAGAGAGCCCACUGUCUCGGCUCCGAAGUGCGGAAGCUAUCGUUGGGUUGGCACUGGCCAGCGCUGCGCUCGUAACCACGAUUGUGGGGCUGAUUGUGUACCUUAGAUGCAAGAGAAGCAAAAGUGUGCAGACUGAAGCCAGGACCCCAGCCAGGGAGUCCUUCAGAAACACGGAAGAGAAUUACGAGAACACCGGGAAUGAAGGACAACAUGUAGACCCCAAGCCGGAUACCAAGGAUGAUGGUGGUGGCGGCGGAGGAGUCCUCUAUGCCUCCCUCGCCCUCUCUAGGUUAAACUCACCAGCAGUGGCAGCGCCUCCCUUGGCCCCUCCCCAUGGGCGCCCCCAGGAAGAGACCCUAUACUCUGUCUUAAAGACCUAAGCAGUGGGACUGAGUGAGGACCUCCUUCAAGUCAGCUGUGCACAGGGAUCUCAGUUCCCCACAAUCACCCCGGCCACACACAGAUCACUCAGAAACCGGCAGGUGCUGACGGCCACCAAGGACCCGAGAACCACAGAACCACCGCUCCAAUUCCCUCUUCAACUUCCCAGCCUUUCACCACAGAAAUAAAACUACCUGUACAAUUUCCCUCAACACAUCUAAGGAGAAAGCUGAUGUCACCUUCAACUUCUGUCUUUCCAGAAGUUAAAAAAAAUGAACCAUGAUAGCUAGCUCACACCCAGAUCCGUCCCCUAGUACUUCUGUUCAGUGACUGCCUCAGGCCAGAGACAAAUAAAUCCCCAAACGCUGGUAAUCAAUCUGGAACCCAAGGUCUGUCCCCCUAAUCUAGCCCUUCUACUUUCCUCAGGAUAAUAACUAGCAUGUGUCGUGUUCAUGCUUUACAUGCAUGGCCGCAUUUCAGCAUCAUCAAUCACCCUAUAUGGCACUGGAUGCACCAUCUGAGAGGGUAAGAACCAGAAUGGCCACAGCGCUUUUCCCAAGGCCAUGCUGCUAGUAAGUGGCUGAGGCAGGUUGUGAACCCAGACCUGCCCUCUCGAUGUCCUUCUCCAGGACUCAGGCGUCAUCGCCUUCCCAGAUCCCUAUACUGACAGGUCUCCCACCAGAAGGCACCAUGUGCCCAGUGACAUGGAGGAGAAGAGGAAGAAGCCAAAAGUGAGCAAGCAGUUAGAGACAAACCAAACCAAGGAAACCAGCAGCCUGGUUUAUUAACAUGAACUGCACAACUCUGACUUUAGCCAGGUCACCUCACAGCCAAUGAACAACCCCAACACUUAUCAGCUUCUUAAGGAUCCUCCGAGAGGCUCUUCACCCGGGAAGGCGUGAGAGAGCAGGCAGGAGGCACAAGUCCACAGCUAUUCCUCACAGAAGGCCACAGCGAGCUCCCCCGUGUCCACUCUGUGCUGCGGCUCCUCCCUCUGCUCCAGCUCUUCUCCAACAUCUUCCAUGAGCUGGUCCAGAUCCAGGUCACUGGAGGCUCCAUCGUCAGAAGGGACACUUCCAGCAUCCUGGGGUUCAGGCCCUUCUUCCCCAGCAACACGACAGGCCCCACAAGGAGCUGGUGGGGUCAGGACUUCUGGCACUAGUCUAGCUUCUUUUUCUUCAGACAGGCUGCUUCCUGGGGCCUUGCUUUGGGGAGCUUUGAAUUUUUUCUUAGGGUCUAAAUGAAAAAGUGACAAAACUGAGAGUCUUAUCGGGUCAUCUGUCCUUAACCUUGUGUAAGUCCAACUCCUAAACCUUCUAUUUCCAAAACAAUCUCUGGGAAAAGAUGACUUUUCUUUAUAGAAAGAAAAUGGGGUUUGGAAUCAGAAAGACUUGGAUCCAUGGACCUCAAGAAAACUUUAAACCCUUUGAACCUCAGUCUCUUUAUCUUUAAAACGGCAGAUAUCCAGUGAUAGAGACACUGAAAGAACUUAAGGGAACGAGUAUAGAAGUAUCUAUCCAGCCAGCCCACAAAAAUAUCAAUAAAUGUUACUUCUCACCUCCUUACCAUUCUUGUAUCCCUGUAUGUCCCUGAAUAAAAUCAGAUAAUAACCAUAAAA